AUGGGGCCUUAUUGCAAGAGUUCCUCAGCAUCUUUCUCAUCUUUGUGCCUGUUUUCUCUUAUUCAUUUCUUGUGCUUCAACUUGGCAGCAGCCUCUGCCAUCCACAAGAACAAUGAGACAGAUCGGCUUGCAUUGCUGGACUUCAAGGCCAAAAUAAGUGACCCUUUUGGGGUCAUGCGCUCAUGGAAUAACAGUCUUCACUUCUGCCGGUGGUAUGGUGUCACUUGUGGGCGUAGACACCAAAGAGUCACAACGUUAGACCUGCACUCCCACAAACUUUCAGGGCCCAUAUCACCACAUGUUGGUAAUUUGAGCUUCUUAAGUGUGUUGUCUCUUUAUAAUAAUAGCUUCAGCCAUGAGAUCCCUCCUCAGAUUGGCCGUUUAAGCAGACUGCAAACGUUGUCUCUUUAUAACAAUUCAAUUGACGGUCAUAUUCCUCCUAGCAUAUCUAACUGUUCAAACCUUCUUUUCUUUUAUUUGGAUAACAACAAUCUCGCAGGCGAAAUCCCUGUGGAGCUUGGUUUCUUACCAAAGCUCCAAGAGAUCUAUUUGAAGGAGAAUAAUUUAAUAGGUAGCCUCCCACCAUCUUUAGGGAAUCUGUCGUCCCUUCAGUUUCUUGCUGCAUAUCAAAAUUACUUGAACGGAAAUCUCCCAGAAACCUUAGGCCAAUUGAGAAGUCUAUGGUUCUUCUCAAUUUUUCAUAAUGGAUUUUCGGGUACCGUCCAUCCGUCCAUCUUCAAUCUUUCUUCGAUCAAGGAUUUCAGCAUUGCUGAAAACCAAUUCCAAGGGAGUCUUCCCUUGGGCAUUGGAAUAUCUCUUCCAAAUCUUCGAAGGUUUGCUAUUGCUGAUAACCAAUUCACUGGCCCCAUUCCAACUUCAAUUUCUAACGCCUCAAAUCUAGAAAUGCUGGAUCUAGCCCAAAAUGAUCUCAGCGGAAGAGUGCCUUCUCUUGACAAGUUGCAUAGACUUUCAGAAUUGGUGAUUUCUGUCAACAAUUUAGGAAGUGGGAAAGCUGAUGACUUGAGAUUUCUUUCCAGUUUAACUAACGCCACAGCUUUAAAAUUCCUAGAGAUAGGCAGCAACAACUUUGGAGGGGAACUUCCUCAACACAUCGCCAACUUUUCAAAGGAGCUCCUCCAAUUUGUCAUACAAAACAAUCAGAUAUCCGGAAACAUCCCAGUUGGAACACAAGUUCUUGUUAACUUGGAAGUUUUCGUUGCAGACAGGAACAAACUCUCAGGUACCAUUCCAUCAGGCAUUGGACUGCUUCAAAAUCUAAGAAAAAUUUACCUUGGAGGCAAUAAUUUAUCGGGAUAUAUUCCAUCAUCUCUGGGAAACCUGACAAAUUUACUUGAAAUUGAUUUAUCUGACAAUAAUCUUCAAGGUACCAUCCCUUCCAGCCUAGGCAGGUGCAAAAACUUGCUCGCACUAGAUUUUUCUAUAAACAAUCUUAGUGGUCCCAUACCCUCACAAGUUAUUGGACUUUCCUCCUUUUCAAAAGUUCUUAAUUUGUCUCUGAAUAAUUUGUCUGGUUCUCUUCCCAAAGACGUAGAAAAUUUGAAAAAUUUAGGAAUCCUUGACCUUCAUGAGAACAUGUUGUCAGGGGAGAUUCCCGUAGAAGGAGUUUUCAAGAAUUCUAGUGCUACCUUUGUGGCAGGAAAUAAAAAUCUAUGUGGUGGCAUACUAGGCGUUGCAUUUUUGCUUAUUUCUUUGCUUUUUUGGCGCCAUUUAAGAAAGAGAAAAGGAGAUUCUGUAUCACUAUUUGAUGGAAAUCCAUUAUUGAAGCUGUCUUAUCAAAGUCUGCUCAAAGCCACUAAUGGAUUCUCUUCAGAUAAUUUGAUUGGUAUUGGUAGUUUUGGAUCUGUGCCAAGGACUUUAAAUGUUAUCCAAAGGUUGAAUAUUGCCAUCGAUGUUGCUUCUGCGCUUGAGUAUCUUCAUUAUCAUUGUGGAACACCAUUUGUUCAUUGUGAUCUAAAACCAAGUAAUGUCCUUCUCGACGAAAAAAUGACUGGACAUGUAGGUGAUUUUGGGUUGGUAAAGUUUCUUUCUACUAGGAUGCUUGGCCAUUCAACAAAUCAAUCUAGUUCUCUUGGAAUAAGGGGAACUAUCGGAUAUUGUCCUCCAGAGUAUGGUGUGGGCAAUGAAGUAUCAACACAUGGUGACACAUUUAGUUUUGGAAUACUCUUGUUGGAGAUGUUCACGGGAAAGAGGCCAACCGAUGACAUGUUCAAAGAGAAUUUGAGCCUUCACAGUUUCGUCAAAAGAUUUUUGCCAGAACAAGUAAAAGAGAUUAUAGAUCCCAAUCUUUUUGAAGCGCAACUCAAUGCACAUAGUAACUACAAUUUUAGGAAUAGCGGAAACGAUAUAUUCAUUGAAUGCUUGAUUUCAAUAUUAGAAAUUGGAAUCUCUUGUUCUACAGAAUCACCACAAGAGCGCAUGAAUAUAAGUGAUGUUGUUGCUCAGCUCUCUUGCAUUAGAAACAAACUUGUUGGAACUCAAUUACCAAGGGGGGGAGAGACUGUAAGUGCACUUCAAGUAGCAGGUACUCAAGAUUGAUGACUCUGAUGCGGAAUGCCUGUUGAUUACCAUGAAGCAUAACUUGUUAUACCUAGUCUAUGUAAUCCUUAUAUAUGUUUGUAAUGAUGCAUCUUUCUUAGUUAGUACUGUGUUUCCUUCAUGCAUAAAAUGUUUUUCUUAUUUUAACCCUUUACACCCCCAAGAUGAGAACUCAUUAAAAAAUAUUGCAGUAUCUCUCACGUUUAUAUGAGAUCCACCUCUACAAUUUCGAAUGGAACUCAUGUAUUUGUAAGCGUAGGAUGUACCAAACAGAUUCUCCUUCAAUUGCAUCUAUGAUAAAACUUCAAGCA